CCAAUAGACAGAUGAUGUUGAUUUGUUGAUGUGUUUUGUGUAUUUUGCAAAACCAGAAGAAUCUCUACAUUCCAUAAUUUUCAACAAAAAGACAAAUUUCCUGCAACUAAAAUGAAUUCUGUAAGUAGAAAAAUUGAAGAAAAGUGCCAAAUAUGCGAAAGCACUCAUCAUCUCGCGGAUACGUGGACAGAGGAAUUUGAUCAUGUUCAAGUAAAACUUCAAGCAGUUACCAAUUCUGAGAAUAUCCAUAAAAAUUGGCUAAGAUUCAUUUGCGGUGGCUGUACAAAUACACUAGAAAGUCUUUGGAAAUUCAAGAUUCUCUGUAAAAAUGCAUACAGAAAAUAUUUAGACGAAUUGGAUGAAAAUAAUUGUAAUUACAGUUCAUUUGGGGCAUAUGGAUCUGAGGAAAUUAAUACCAAUAAUGAUUUGGAUAACAAGAAUAUUAUUACAAAAUUGGAAACUGAUGAUUAUAAAAUACAUCCACAAUCAUUUGAAAUGGUUCUUGUUACUGCAGGAAGCUCAGAAGAGGCAAAAGAUGUUAGAAAACCGAAAAAGGAACCGAAGAAAAAGAGGAACGACAAUGAUAAAAAUGGAAUCACUGUUAAGCGAAAGCGAGGACGACCACGAAAAGAAAAACCUCUGGUGGAAUCUAAAAUAGAUCCUCGCAAAUACUUCCCAAAAUUGCCUGGACCCUAUUUCUGUGGACACUGCAACAAGUCCUUCAAUCGGAAAGCAAACAUGAGACAUCAUGUUAAUACUGUUCAUAGGAAAUUUCUUAGUUUCCUCUGUAAUUCCUGUGGAAAGAAAUUUUCCAGUAGUCAGAGAUUGAGAGUUCAUGAGAUUAUCCAUCAAGAGAAUAGAAUUCGUAUUCCUUGCAGCAUUUGCAAAGAAACCUUCAUUUCUCAGCUCACUCUGAAGAAGCACAUGAAGUUGGUGCAUCAGGAUGUAACACACAAAGAACUACACCACUAUUUCCGAUGCACAAUAUGCAAUGUUCCAACAAAAGGAAGAAAUGCUCACUACGAACAUCUGAAAAUGCAUCCUGAAAUGACAAUUUUCAAAUGUCGCUUUUGCAGCGAAAACCUGAAUUCAUUGGAAGCCUAUGCUCAACAUGAAAAUAUUCAUUUUGUUGAAAGACCAUACAUCUGUGAGAUUUGUUCGAAAUCUUUCAAGCAGAAUGCUCAUUUGAUUCGGCAUAGGAACAUUCACACUUUAGCUAAGAAAUAUCCUUGCAAUUUCUGUGAUAGAAUAUUCACACAGGCUGGUAAUCGGAAGAUUCACAUGAAAGUUCAUACCGGAGAACCUCUAUAUAAAUGUACCAGCUGCCUAAAGCCCUUCACAGAAAGAAAAAAUUGGGAAAAUCACUGUAUAAAUUGCUCUCAAGUUUAAUAAAAUCAAUUAUGUUGCAGCAUUAAGUUUGCUUCAGACUUGACUUAAGAUUGUCACAUUAAA